UCAUGACAACCAUUUCAAUCAAAAUCAAACAUGGAGCAGAUCAAAUCGAAGUUAUAGAAAUCGACCCUAAUGCCACAGUAAAAGAAUUAAAGGAGAAACUCACUCUCAAAUUUAAUUCAGAGCCUGCUUAAAUGAAGAUUAUUUUUCAAGGUAAAAUACUCAAAGACAUUGACGUCCUCUCAAAUGUGAAUGUGAAGACUGAUUCUACCAUGCAUCUAGUUGUUACAAAAUGUAUUUAAAUAAACUAAAGUAGAACAAACCUAACCCCCUUAAUAAGUUCCACCUCAAUAAUAAUAAUAAUAGCCCUAAUAACCCGCAGGAGUAUAAUAAUAAGGUUAAGGUUUAGGAGGUGCAGGCGGUAUGGGUGGAAUGGGAGGCUUCGGUGGAAUGGGAGGCCUUGGUGGAAUGGGAGGAUUAGGAGGAAUGGGAGGAAUGGGAGGAAUGGGUGGAAUGGGAGGACUAGGCGGCCUCGGAGGAAUGGGAGGUAUGGGAAUGGAUCCAUAAAUGAUGAUGUAACUUCUAUCCAAUCCAAUGUACCAAGCACAAAUUACACAAGUAUUUGUUUUUUCCUAAAUAUGUUUAGGCAUUGUAAAAUCCAUAAGUAAGAUAACAAUUAAUGCAACACCCUAUGAUGGCUUAAUUGAUUUAGACUAAUCCUUAAAUUUAAUAAGUAUUUGAGAAUCCUUAACUCUUUUAAAUGAUGAUGAAUCCUUAAGUAAUUUAGAUGGCCCUAUAAUAAAUGGGUGGAAUGGGAGGUAUGGGAGGCAUCGGAGGAAUGGGCGGAAUGGGAGGCCUAGGUGGUUUUGGCGGUAUGGGAGGUUUAGGAGGAGUUGGAGAUCAACAGACUCCUCCUAAUCCUAAUAAUGCAUAAGUGCCUCCACCAGGUAGUUAAAACGCUUAAAAUCCCUUGGCAGGUUUUGAUUUGCAGAAUUUAAUGAAUUUGAUGGGAGGUAUGAUUAGUGAAUUAAAUUAAAAUAGGAGGAGUAGGUGGUAUGGGUGGUGCUCAAUAGACACCUGAAGCCGCAGAGCAGAAAUAUGCUACUUAAUUGCAAUAGUUGCAAGAAUUAGGAUUUUCAAACAAAUAAGUGAAUUUGGAGGCCUUGAUUGCCACUUAAGGGAAUGUUGAGGCUGCAGUUGAUAGAAUCUUAAAUAUGAUCGGCCCAUGAUAUAUUAUUAGAUUUUAUUCAUUACGAAAUUUAUAUUAAAU